UGCACUAUUCUCUCUCCCUCUCCAUCUUUCCCUUCCUCUCUCUAGACCUGCUCCACCGGAAAACAUGGCAGCCACUUCCGGCCUAAGCUCCUGCACCGACUCCACCUGGUGGCUCUUCGCUCUCCCAGCCUUCAUAUCCUCCGAAGCCGGAUUCUCCGGCAACGCGCUUCUCCUCUUAUCACUCUUCAUCGCCUUCUUUUCCACCAUCCUCCUUGCCUGGGCUUUCUCCCCCGGUGGUCCAGCAUGGUCCAACGGCCGCUCCCGGCGCGGCCCCAUCUCCAUCCCGGGCCCUCGAGGGCUCCCCAUUCUCGGCUCCCUUCUAACCCUAACCCGCGGCCUACCCCACCGUUCUCUCGCCCACCUUUCCCGUCUCCACUCCGCCACCUCUCUUAUGGCCUUCUCUAUCGGCUCCACCCCUGCCGUUGUCUCUUCCUCCCCUUCAACAGCUCGUGAGCUCCUCACCCACCCUUCCCUUUCCGACCGCCCUCUCAAACAAUCCGCUCGUGAGCUCAUGUUCGCCCGCGCCAUCGGCUUCGCCCCCAGCGGAUCCUACUGGCGCCUCCUCCGACGUAUCGCCGCCUCCCAUCUGUUCUCCCCUCGCCGCGUCGCAGCCCACGAACUCGGCCGCCAAUUUGACUGUUCCGUAAUGCUGACAUCCAUCUCCGCGGAGCAAGCUAGCUGCGGCUCAGUCCUUCUCCGUCCCUUCCUUCAAGCCGCCGCCCUUAAUAACAUCAUGGGGAGCGUUUUUGGCACACGUUUCGACCUCACUCUUGAGACCGGCGACACAAAGGCCUCCCAUCUUCAGUCCCUCGUUCGCGAGGGCUUUGAUCUCCUCGGAGCUUUCAACUGGUCCGAUCACCUCCCGUGGCUCACCACCUUCUUCGACCCUUCGAACAUCAAGCAGCGCUGUGCUAUCCUUGUCCCUCGCGUCAGGUCUUUCGUCAAGGACAUCAUCGACGAUCACAAGCGCUCUAAGCCCACCGCCGGUGACCGUACCCAGGUAACCGACAAUGCUGACUUCGUUGACGUUCUGCUAUCUCUCCAAGGUGACGAGAAGCUCCACGAGGAUGAUAUGAUAGCCAUCUUGUGGGAAAUGAUAUUCAGGGGAACGGACACGACGGCUUUGCUGACGGAGUGGGCCAUGGCUGAGCUGGUGCUGAACCCAUCGGUUCAAGCCCGUCUCAGAGCUGAAAUCGAUAGUGUGGUUGGACCGGAUCGGGUCGUAACUGAUGCUGACGUGGCUAGGAUGCCGUACCUUCAGGCUGUGGUGAAGGAGGCGUUGCGGGUCCAUCCUCCGGGCCCGCUUCUCUCAUGGGCACGACUUGCCAGCGAGGAUGUCCACCUCAGCAACGGAAUGGUGGUCCCGGCUGGCACCACGACCAUGGUCAACAUGUGGGCCAUCACCCAUGACCCUAAUGUGUGGGCCCAACCGGAAGAGUUCAAGCCCGAGAGGUUCUUAGAUGCUGAUGUGGACGUGCGCGGUGGGGACCUUAGGCUUGCGCCGUUCGGAGCCGGGAGAAGGGUGUGCCCGGGAAAAAACCUUGGGAUCGUGACCGUUGGUUUAUGGAUUGCUAGGCUGAUCCACGUGUACGAGUGGGUCCCAGAUCAGUCUGCGCCCGUGGACCUAACUGAAGUGUUGAAGCUGUCGUGCGAGAUGAAGACUCCGUUGACCGCUGUGGCGUUGGCCAGGAACUAGGGUUUCCUCUCCUCACUGCCACAAUGGUGUCUUAUAUAUAUAUAUAUAGUAUGUGUGGUUUUCUUUUUAAUCUUUUUUUUUUUUAUGUUUAUUUAUGGUAGUGUUGUCGCUUGCUGUUAAUUGGUUUGUGGGUUUGGUGCUUUGGUAAAAGCUGUAACUCCAAUUUUGGUAAUGUUCUGUAAUGGAGUUCCUAAAAAUAUAUAAAUAUAUUCAGUGUGUUCUGUGAAA